UUAAUCUCAAAGGUCGCGCGAUGUCACGAUAUUAAGUUAUUGCGAUUUAUUUCUUAGUUACUGUAUUUUAUAAGAUUGGAAAACCCGUGAUUUUCCAAGAUGAUCAAAUUUAGAAAUAGUUUGAAAUAUUUUCUAUGUUUGGUGCUAAUUUUCAUCGCGAUACAAUUAACAGCGGCUGAGAGCGAUGAAAAAAUUCGCGAAAUUUGCACUAACAUCUGGAAGGAAAAAAAACACGAAUUGCAAUGUUUUUGCCCACCUGGAAUUCCAUCCCCACCACCUUGGAAAGGUGAACCUGGAUUUCCUGGUAUUCCAGGACUUCCAGGACUUCAAGGAGAAAAAGGUGAACAAGGACAAAUUGGAUUUCCUGGUGUUCCAGGAUUUCCGGGUCAAAAAGGACAACGAGGCGAUUCCGGAUUUAAAUCCACAAUAAAGUUAAACAUGAAUUUUCAAAAUUAUCAUUGGAAAUAUGGAUUGAUAUUUGUGAUAUUAUGUCUGACAAUCCGUGACUGUAAAGCCGGAACAACAUGUGUGAAAGCAAUACGUCAAAUUUGCCUUCAAAUUUGGGAAGAAAAAAUUGACGAGUUAAUCGAAGAAAGAGGAUACGGUUCACCUGGACCAAGGGGAUUUACAGGACCACAAGGACGUCAAGGAGCACAAGGUCCGAAAGGUGAGCGAGGUGCUAAUGGAUGUGGCAAAAAAGGGGAUCAAGGACCCAGAGGUCAGAAGGGUGAUGCGGGACGUGAUGGUUACAAUGGAUCGAAAGGUUCAAUGGGACCCGAAGGUCCUAGAGGUGAUAAAGGUUCACCUGGUGAAAAAGGAGAAUCAGGACCUACGGGUUCGCAGGGACUUCAAGGACCCAUAGGUGUAAGAGGUGAUAAAGGAAGUACAGGUGAUAUUGGAAUGGAAGGUCUUAAGGGAGAUAAAGGCCUCGAAGGACUGCCUGGUAUUCGAGGAGAAAAAGGUGAGGCAGGACCUUCUGGUAUUAAAGGCGAAGAAGGACCCAAGGGAAUUGCAGGCUCAGUUGGCCUAAAAGGUGAUGUGGGACCUACAGGUCCGAAAGGAGAAAAGGGAUCACUAGGUCUAGCAGGAGUUGAUGGUAUGCCAGGACCAGAAGGUCUUCCAGGUAUGAUAGGAAGCGAAGGAUUGCCUGGACUUAAUGGUCUGCCGGGAGAAAAAGGAGAAAUAGGUUAUCCAGGUCCUAAGGGAGAUAAAGGAUCUCCAGGUUUUGAUGGUUGGGAGGGAGAAAUAGGACCACAGGGACCUGUAGGACCUCAGGGAUUACCAGGAGAUGAAGGACCACCAGGACCAACGGGACCUUCGGGUCCACCAGGAGCCCCGGGAUUUACAGGACCUCCAGGUCCACGAGGACGUCAAGGAGUUCCAGGUUUGAAAGGUGAUAAAGGUUUUAAUGGAAGAAUAGGUGAAAAAGAAGGUGGAGAAGGAUCAGUGAGACCUGCAAGGGGAGAAGGUGGGCCAAGACCGCAGAGAACGAAAGGAGAAAAAGAACGUUCAGGAAUUUCUGAUUCUGAUCGAGAAAAGAUAGGAUCUUCGAUUUCAAUAGGAGAAAAAAAAGUUUUAGAUCUUCCUGGAGAAAUAGGAAAGUCAGAACUUCCAAUUACGAAAGAAGAAGGAUUAGGAAUUGAAGAAACAGCAGUAAAAAAAGAGGACUCAGCUCUUCAAGAAUCUACAGCUUUGAAAGCAGAUCAGAAUACUUUAGGUGUUACUGGAGAAAAGAGGGAGCCAGAACCUGAAAUCCCUCCAAGCUUGAAGGAAAAGGUAAAAGCUUCCGAAAUUGAGGAUUCGCCUGGAGAAAAGAAAAAGCCAGGACCUGAGGAAACUCCAGGUCUGGUGGAAGAUACACCUCUUUUAGAAGAAGUAGAUUUUGUUGGGGAUACAGAAGAUCCAGGACUUUCACAUAGUACAGAAGAGGAAAGACGUUUGGGAGAUAAGGAAACAGGUAUGAAAAUUGAAGAAGCAGGUUCUGAAGAAUCUACAGCUCCGAAAGAAGAUCAAAACCCUUCAGAACUUGCAGGUCUUUUUGGAGAAAAGAAAAAACCAGAACCUGCAAUUCCUCCAACUUUAAAGGAAAAGGAAGAAUCUCCCGAAACUGAAGCUCUGCCUGGAGAAAAGGAGCCAAAAUCUACAGGAACUCCAAGUUUGAAAGAAAAGAAAGAAUCUCCCGAAACUAAGAAUCAGCCUGGAGAAAAGGAAAAGCCAGAACCUGUGGAAACUCCAGGACCGAUAGUAGAAAAAACUCUUCUAGAAGUUUUAGAUCUUCCUGAAGAUGAAGAAAACCCAGGACUUCGAAAUACGAAAGAAGAAAGAGAAGAACAUUCGGAAAUUCAAGAAUCAGCUACAAAAACGAAGGAUCCUCAAGAAUUUAUAGCUCCGAAAGAAAAUCUAAAUCCAUUAGAAAUUUUUGGUCUUGCUGGAGAACAAAAGAAGGCAGAAUCUGCAAUUCUUCCAAGUUUGAUUGCAAAAGAAAAAUCAAAGUCUGAAGAAAUCGGCGAAUUAGAAUCUCCUAAUCCGAGUAGAUACUUAGAACCACCAAAAUCUGAUGAGAUAUUAGGGGAAAUAGAAAAAGAAAUAGAACUAGAAGAUUUACCCGAUGUUAUUUCUGUUUUAGGAACAGAUCAUCGGCCUAAUAUGGAUAAAAUAGAUUAUUAACAGGUAUCUACCUUACCGACAUUUAUUAUAUGAGAAAACUAUUUAGAAAAUGGAUUUGUAUAGAGAACGGCGUAAAGUCGGUAAGGUAGAUUUCUUCGAUAAAUCUUUAAAAUAAAAAAUAAUUAAAAGCAAUUACUAGUUUUCUAUAAAGAACGACGUAAAGUCGAUAAGGUAGAUUUUUCUCACUAAACGAAUAAAAAAUAAUUCAAAAACCAAUGAAUAUUUUCUUAGAGAACGGCGUAAAGUCGGUAAGGUAGAUUUUUCUCGCUAAACAUUUUUGAAUAAAAAUUAAUUAAAAUCAAUGGUUUUUCUUAGAGAGCGUCGUAAAGUCGGUAAGUCGAUAAAGUAGUUCUCGCUAAACAUUUUUUUUCAAAAUAAAAAAAAAAUGUCGCAGUGUAUCUCAAAAAAGAAACUGUUUAUAAAAUACUCAAAUUUAAUUAAAUAACUAAUAGAUUUAAAAAAAAUAAUGUAAUUAAAUAAUAAAAUGAAUAAAAAAUAAUUUCAUAUCAUA